UAUUAUUCUGAAUCGGUUAUUCUGUGCGCCGCAGUGGAUGUUGAUCAGCUGUGGUACAUUGGUCCUUGGUGCUUGCAGAGGUUAAACAACCUCCUUGCAAUAUUUUGGAAUUAAACAGUGACAUACUUUCUAAUCUAUUGGCAUAGUUAAUCGGGAAGCAAUGCCGGUGGAACCAAGGAAUGUGUCUCCAUUAUUACAGAUUCUUCGAAAUUUUUUGCUGGGAAGAAAAGUAACAAAUGCAUUACGCUUUGCUGACUUCAUUGCACCUCGAACACAGCCUCCUCCGAAUUUACCAGACGGCCCUUCCCAUAAAUUAGCUGUUAACUACUACUACAGUAGAGAUGGUAGACGUGAAGUAAAACCACCAUUAAUCCUCGCCGAUUCAACGAAAAAGAUUGAAGCACCUGCUGCUAAAGAUGACGCCUCAACUGGUCGGAGGGGUGUACCCAGGCCAGGCAAUGUGUGGCGUUGGGACUGAAGGAACUAAAUUGUCAACAGAUGAUAGUUGUAUAUACUGUUUGAAUGUAAUAAUUUACUAUUAGUAGGUACUGUAAUAAAUGGUAUUGUAAAAGCUGUGCGAUUUAUUUUGUGUGCCUAAAACACUGCAAUAAACCUUCUGUGUAGUUGAAAUUGUUAAAAUUUGUCAACACAUCAAAGCACAAGAAGCACUGUAUUAGUGCACAAGCUAUUACAAUGAGAAGAAUUAAAAUUAAAAGAUUUGAUUGUUCGAUUUUUGCUGCCAGUUGGAUUAUUGCAGCCUCCUUUUAACCGUGAAAGCAUUAGAAUUAUUUAAGCAAUGCAUAAGUGGAGAUAUUUUUAAGAAUUUGUUAUUUCAAAUAAUGGAAAUAUAAAACUUGAAAUUCAGCUUUUCAUAUUAAAGAAUUAUGAAGUGGCAUAUGUUGAAAAAUCAGGUUCCCAAGUAUAUUGCUACAAAGUGGGAAAAAGCUCCAGGAAAUUUAGAAGUGGGUAAACUCAAAAUUGUCAAAGCACCAGAACAAAGACCUCGUGUUUCUUUAUCUCUAAGUGAAUCUUGUCUCAUUUUGAAAGAACCUAAUGAAGGGGCAAUACCUCGCGACCACAGGUUAGACGUUUCAACAGUGACUCAUCAAACCCUUGGUGUCUUCUCACAUUCAGUUCCUGCCAAUUUAGAUGCUGUGGUUCCUGAAUCAGAAAAGCUCUGUUUGGAAGGGCGUAUUGUACAGAAGUUGGAAUGCCGCCCUUAUGCUGAUAACUGCUACAUGAAGCUGAAGAUGGAUGAAAUUCGUAAAGCAUCCAUGCCAGUGCGGCAAGUUCAGCAGCUAGACAGAAUUGUACAUAAUUUCAAACCUGUUUCCGACCAUAAGCACAAUAUUGAAUACAAUGAAACUAAGAAAGCAGAAGGCAAAAAGUCUCGUGAUGACAAAGAUGCUGUUUUGGAAAUGCUUUUUGCAGCAUUUGAAAAACAUCAGUACUACAACAUUAAAGAUUUGGUGAAGAUCACCAGACAACCAAUUGUGUACUUGAAGGAAAUUCUCAAAGAUGUUUGUAAUUACAAUCUGAAGAAUCCACAUAAAAACAUGUGGGAAUUAAAACCUGAGUAUCGUCACUACAAAGAACCAGAACAACCAGCAGAAAAUGCUACGGACUAACUCCUCUCUUCAAAAUAUUUAUAAAAGAAGUUUUAUAAUAGACAAUACUGCUAGAUUGAUAUUUUGGAGAUAUUCUCUUGCUCUCAAAAUAUUAAAACUUUGAAUGACAAUUGUUGUACAAUAUAUGUAGAAAUUGCCAGAUGUGUCACUUGGUGAAUGAUUUACUAGAUAUGAAUGUUUGAAUGAAUUGUUUUCAUCAUAUAGACAGUGAACAAAUUUUAUACAAAUGUAUUUUAUUUAUUUUUAUGCAUUCCACAUAAAACGAAAAGGAAAAAAAACCUUUGAGUGUUUUUGUUGCGACUGUGUAAGAGUGUGUGUGUUUUUUUGUUUUUUUUCCAUCAAACAGGCUUCUUUUUAAUUUGCACUAAGCAAAUUAACUAUUCUUCUUCUCCUCUGUAUUGUAUUAUUUUGAUGACUUUGUACAUUUUAGUAAAUGAUUAAUAGAAUUGGAGAAUUCAAGCAAAAAAAAAUGUUUUUGAUGAAAGUUAAAAUAAUGAUUUGUGAUGGAAUGAUUAUAAAUUAAAGAUUCGAGAUAUAAAGCAAAUUUGUUAAAAGAAGAAAUUCAUUCGUCAUUGCCUAAACAGAAAUUCAGUUUAUGUGAAGAAGAAGCACGAAACAAUUAUCUGUUUUAAAAAUUUGGUGAAUUCCUUCUUAGUGACUAUGUUUAACUUUCUAUUUUUGAUAUACUGAUAAAUAAAUCUCUACGUCUUGUAACAGUGCAGUUGAGAGAAGAUUAAUUCUUGUAAAUGAAUUUGUAAAGAUGUGGAUAUGGUGUUGUGAAAACAUGUCAUAUACAUCCAACCAUAUGAUCUUUCAUAUUGAGAUUGAAACAACAGAAGUUUUUAUUAUCAAUUUCUCUGAGAAAGGGUAGCGUGUUAGUAAUUCGAAACCAGUGCGGCUAUUGGCAAGUCUUGAAAUACAUCAGUGUAUUGAAACAAUGUCAUAAAAGAACAGAAAAGUGUUUACAAUUGAACAAGUGUCUCAGUAAAUGGAGAUACAAAUAAAGACCUGGCAAAAGAAAUAACCUAUUUAUCCAAAUGUUUUUGUAAGUAUUAAUUCGAAAAAAUACAGGUGUCUGAUAUUCACAGAUUAAGCUUAGUUGGUUACAUUUUCACGUUGCCUUCAAAAAGAAUAAGUCAUUGCCAUAAGUGAGCGCAGAGGAGGAGGGUGGGGGAUUGACUUAAACAUUUUCAAAGGGGUCCUAUUGCUGUUUGCAAUAAAAUACUUUUAUUCGUGUAAAUAUUGUGAAUUCUGAUUUUCCAUUUUUCACCUGACAAUUAGGGAUUUUGAGGCCUUAAAAGCAGUUAAGGUCAUUGGUGACCACUAUUCUUUCAAGCACAAGUGGCGCAUCUUACAAAUUUUAACAAUUAUUAAUCACAAUAAUUUGAAUUAUUUUGUCAAAACCAGUAAAUUAUGGAAUUUGUUUCUCAAAAUACCUUGUAAAUAGUUCAAAAUGUAAAGUAUUACAAUAGUUAAUAGUUCAAUUUAUUAAUACUAAUAUUAAGUAAUUAAAUUCGU